GAACAUCAAAACUCAGCUCUUUUUAUGCUUGCAUUAUGUGGAAAAAGGGAAAUGGCCAACUAAAGUCCGUAAUGCAUCAAAGAACUAGAGACAUUGAGGAAUUUCGCAACUUUAAGUAUCUAUUUUAUUUGGCAUCUACAAUUCAAAAGCAAAGGCACACAUAUUAUCACCAUUUGAGUGACAAUUACCAUGGAAGGUAGUGGAGAAGUUUGCAGGAUGUGGAACCAGAAAGAUCUCCCCUCUUUGAACCAUAGGGAUAAGCAAGCUGAGACGUUCAGGCUUUGAUGAGAGCAAUAUAAUAAUUAAUUAAUGUCCUAGAUAGUAAAUGUUGUCUUUGUGAAAGAUGAUUGAAGAGUCAUGCAAUCUGAUAUUUGGUUAUAAAAGUUAGUCUUCCAAUGAUAGGCUGGUUUAAGAUUAAACAGAGUCGAUAUGUCAUUCUUUGUUGCAACUGGGUUACUUAAAUAGCAAAGCAGAUGUAAAGACCCACGGAUCUAUAGACCUUUAGAACAAUGCUUUCUAUCAUAUAACUGCCUAGCAAACAACUCUUUGUGACAGAAUCAGUCAAAAAACUAUCUGCCCAGCAAGCAACUCUAUGUGACAGAAUCAGUCAAAAAACUAUCUGCCCAGCAAGCAACUCUAUGUGACACAAUCAAUCAAAAAACUAUGUUCCAAAAAGAUUCAGGUAGUGUUUGAUUCACUUCUAUUCUGUGCUCUAAAUUGAUCUUGAAAAUCUGGUGGACAAGAUACCUGAGAGCUACAUACUCCCAAUGAUGUAGUCUUUCGUGACAUGAAGGUGCUUCCAAGUACAAUAUUUUUGUGAAUGCUAGUAUGUUAUGGACCUUUUAUUGCUCUGAAUGUAAUUUAGAUCACAGAUGGGGAAAGAGCUCUUCAAUUCAAGGCCACAAAUCUAAAUUAUGGUUUUUGCCUUUCUGUCUUUGGCUAAACAAGUAGACUUAGUCAAGAUGCACACGUAGCCCAAGGUUUCAUUUAUUUUAUUUAUCUUUGGUAUCUGUGUCGUUCCUUUUACUGGUUUAUUUUUAUUGCCAUGAGAAAGCUCAUAGUUGCAGUCUAUUUAAGCUUCGGCGGCACUACCCAUGUACUUUUCUGCGUUUUGUUACUGCUGUUCUUGAUAGGUACUUCACCCCCAAUUCUCUUACAGUUCAUGAGUGGCUGUUCUGCUUUAACUGUGGUUUCCUGUGAAUCUCAACACCAGAAUCCCGAGGUAUCUGACUCCGCUGACAAAGAUACGAAGGAAUUUGCAAGAUGUCUAGCCCUGCAAAACUUUUAGAUCCGGCAUUUCAAUCAGUUGGUCAGAGAGUUGGGACUGAGAUUUGGCGAAUUGAGAAUUUUCAACCAGUAGCCUUGCCAAAGUCCGAGUAUGGUAAAUUCUAUAUGGGAGAUUCUUACAUUGUUCUACAGACUACGUCUGCCAAGGGCGGUGCAUAUGACAUACACUUCUGGAUUGGAAAAGACACAAGUCAGGAUGAAGCUGGAACAGCUGCCAUAAAAACUGUCGAACUAGAUGCAGUUCUAGGUGGUCGUGCUGUGCAGCACAGGGAACUGCAAGGCCAUGAAUCUGACAAAUUCUUGUCUUAUUUCAAACCUUGUAUCAUACCUUUGGAAGGAGGUGUAGCAUCUGGAUUUAAAAAACCUGAGGAAGAAGAGUUUGAAACUCGUUUAUAUGUUUGUAAAGGAAAAAGAGCUGUGAGAUUGAAGCAGGUCCCUUUUGCUCGAUCCUCAUUAAAUCACGAUGAUGUAUUCAUCUUGGAUACUCAGAAUAAGAUUUAUCAGUUCAAUGGCACAAAUUCCAAUAUCCAGGAAAGGGGAAAGGCUUUGGAAGUGAUUCAAUUUUUGAAGGAAAAGUAUCAUGAGGGGACGUGUGAUGUCGCCAUUGUUGAUGAUGGGAAGUUAGAUACAGAGUCAGACUCAGGUGAGUUCUGGGUUCUCUUUGGCGGCUUUGCUCCAAUUGGCAAGAAGGUGGCUAGUGAUGAUGAAGUUAUUCCAGUAACAACUCCAGCUAAGCUCUAUAGCAUCAUUGAGGGAGAUGUGAAGGCUGUUGAAGGUGAACUAUCUAAAAGCAUUCUGGAAAACAACAAAUGCUACAUGCUCGAUUGUGGUUCUGAAAUUUUUGUGUGGGUUGGCCGUGUAACAACGGUGGAUGAGAGAAAAGCUUCCAGCCAAGUGGCUGAGGGUUUUGUCGCUAGCCAAAACAGACCAAAGUCAACACGUGUAACCAGGGUCAUCCAAGGUUAUGAAACACGGGCAUUUAAAUCCAAGUUUGAUUCUUGGCCAGCUGGAUCCACUGCUCCAGGUGCUGAGGAGGGCAGAGGGAAAGUAGCAGCUCUACUGAAGCAACAAGGUAUUGGUUUGAAGGGAAUCGCAAAAGGUGCUCCUGUCAAUGAGGAAGUCCCACCUUUGCUUGAACAAGGUGGAAGAAUGGAGGUGUGGCGCAUAAAUGGCAGUGCUAAGACGCCAUUGCCUAAAGAGGAUGUUGGGAAAUUCUUUAGCGGAGAUUGCUACAUUGUUCUUUAUACAUACCAUUCAGGGGACAGGAAAGAGGAUUACUUUUUGUGCUGUUGGAUUGGAAAAGAUAGUAUUGAGGAGGACCAAAAAAUGGCUGCUCGUUUGGCUAACACAAUGUCCAACUCAUUGAAAGGGAGACCUGUUCAAGGCCGUAUAUUGCAAGAUAAAGAGCCACCUCAAUUCAUUGCACUGUUUCAGCCCAUGGUAGUCCUUAAGGGAGGUUUGAGCUCAGGUUACAAAAAGUUCAUUGCAGAGAAAGGUUUGACAGAUGAAACUUAUACACAAGAAAGCAUUGCUCUCAUUAAGGUUUCUGGUACUGCCAGUCACAACAGUAAAGCUGUCCAAGUUGAUGCAGUGGCAACAUCAUUGGAUUCUGCUGAGUGUUUUCUUCUUCAAUCUGGAUCUUCAGUUUUCACAUGGCAUGGCAAUCAGAGCACUUUUGAGCACCAGCAACUUGCUGCAAAAGUUGCAGAGCUGUUAAAGCCUGGGGUUGCUUUGAAACAUGCAAAAGAGGGUACAGAGAGCUCAGCCUUCUGGUUUCCACUUGGAGGGAAACAAAGUUACACUAGUAACAAGAUUUCCCAGGAGACUGUUAGGGACCCCCACUUGUUCGCAUAUUCUCUUAAUAAAGGAAAGUUUGAGGUUGAAGAAGUACACAACUUUUCACAAGAUGAUUUGUUAACGGAGGAUAUCAUGAUACUGGAUACACAUGCUGAAGUGUUUGUUUGGGUUGGUCAGUCUGUGGACUCGAAAGAAAAGCAGAGUGCUUUCGAAGUUGGUCAGAAAUACAUCGACAUGGCUGUGUCUCUGGAGAAUUUGUCUCCAGAUGUACCACUUUAUAAAGUUACAGAAGGAAAUGAGCCAUCCUUUUUCACAGUAUAUUUUUCGUGGGACUCUGCAAAAGCAAUGGUUCAAGGAAACUCGUUCCAGAAAAAGUUGGCAUUACUUCUGGGGAUAGGCCAUUCUGCAGAGGGCGAGGACAAAACCAAUGGAUCAAAUCAAGGUGGUGCAAGGCAGAGAGCUGAAGCUUUAGCUGCAUUAUCCUCUGCAUUCAAUCAAUCAUCUGAGAAAAAGGCCUCUGCUCCUAGGCCAUCUCCAGCAGGUCAGGGAUCACAGCGAGCUGCUGCUGUAGCUGCCCUAUCUUCAGUUCUUUCUGCUGAAAAGCAGAAGUCACCAGAUACCUCUCCCACUCAAGCAAUUGGAACUCCUGCAGAAAGCAUCUCACCAGCUGAACCAAAAGAUGAAAAACCCCUUUCUGAGACAGAAAGCUCAAUAGAGGCAUCACAGGCUAGUGAAACAGAAGGAAAUGAUUCAGAACCAAAGCAAGGAUCGGAGCAGGAUGAGAAUGAUAAUGGAGGCAGCGGAGCGAUAUUCACCUAUGAACAACUGAAGGCUAAAUCCGACAAUCCCGUGACUGGAAUUGAUUUUAAAAGGAGAGAGGCCUAUCUGUGCGAUGAAGAAUUUCAGACUGUGUUAGGUAUGGCGAAAGAACAAUUUUACAAAUUGCCGAAGUGGAAGCAAGAUAUGCAGAAGAAGAAGGUUGAUUUAUUUUAGGUGCUAAAUUAUACAUGAACUGCCUCCUAUGCUCCUUUUUUCCUGGGCCGCUCAGGGUUCGGUGUGGAGUCACGUUGGACAAGCAGGCGUGGGUUUGUUUCGUCUAUCGUUUUUUGUGCGUCAAUGAAUGUGUAGUUUCUAGCGAGAAUUAAGUUUGUGUUUGCCGUUUGUUAGGAAGGACGGUCUCUGCUUUUUUCCUCCUGAAAAGGUAAUGCCUCGCAUUUUUUCAACCUCCUUGUUCGAAGGACUGUGACAAAGGUCAAAUUCUUUUAUUCGGUCGAGCAUAGUUCAUUUUCGGUCUCUCUUUUUCCCUUUCAUUUCUUUUUCCUCUCAACUCUUUUACCAGACGAACUUGUGAAAAGGAAUGUACAUGUAUUGCAUUUGAUCUCGACUUAAUGUAAAAUAUGGCGAUUGGUUUUGUAUUUGUA